AUGUACAGAACAGCAGCUUCGCGUCUCAGAGCUCUCAAGGGCGGCUGCCGGUACCCGACAAGAUUUGCAAGUUCGAGUGCAGCAGCCUUGCAAUCAUCCUCUUCCAGUGGUUUCUUCAGCUGGCUUACUGGUGAAAAGUCCAAGUCUGUGCUACCCCUAGACUUUCCACUUCUAGGAGUUGAACUCCCUGCUACGUUGCCUGAUUAUGUUGAACCUGCGGUAACUAAGAUUACUACCCUUGGUAAUGGCUUGCGAAUUGCCUCUGAAACAUCACCGAGUCCUGCAGCAUCAAUAGGGAUGUAUGUUGACUGUGGCUCGGUCUAUGAGUCGCCAGCAACAUUUGGAGUCACUCACUUGCUGGAACGAAUGGCAUUCAAAAGGACAAGAAACCGCAGCCACUUGCGUGUUGUGCGAGAAGUGGAAGCAAUUGGAGGCACUGUGCAAUCCUCAGCAUCUCGAGAGCAGAUGGGAUACACACACGAUGCCCUGAAGACUUAUCUUCCAGAGAUGGUUGAGCUACUUAUUGAUUGUGUGAGGAACCCUGUCUUCCUUGAUUGGGAGGUCAAUGAACAGCUUCAGAAGGUUAAAGAUGAGAUCAGUGAAGCUUCAAAGAACCCUCAAGGUUUGCUUUUUGAGGCAAUUCACUCUGCUGGUUUUUCUGGUGCUUUGGCGAAUCCUCUUUUAGCCUCAGAAUCUUCAGUAGAUAGAUUGAAUAGUUCACUCUUGGAGGAAUUUGUAGCUGAAAAUUAUACUGCUCGUCGUAUGGUGCUUGCAGCUUAUGGUGUUGAACAUGAGGAACUGGUAGCCAUUGCAGAGCCCCUUUUAUCUGAUCUACCUGAUAAAAAGAGUCCUGGAGAGCCAGAAUCUGUUUAUACUGGAGGUGAUUUUCGCUGUCAAGCUGAUUCAGGGGACCAAAAAACCCAUCUUGCCCUUGCAUUUGGACUAAAAGGUGGCUGGCAUGACGUAAAGGAGGCUAUUACCUUGACAGUUCUUCAGAUUUUAAUGGGAGGUGGCGGAUCAUUCUCUGCUGGUGGCCCUGGGAAAGGAAUGUAUUCACGAUUAUAUCAACGUGUCUUGAAUCAGUAUCACAAAAUUCAGUCAUUUUCAGCAUUCAACAACAUUUACAAUCACACUGCCAUAUUUGGUAUCCAAGCUACCACAGAUGCAGAUUUUGCAAAUUCAGCCAUUAAGCUAAUGGUUAGAGAGCUAACUGAAGUUGCUUCUCCUGGUGCAGUUGACCCAGUGCAGCUACAACGUGCUAAACAGUCAACAAAGUCUGCCAUUCUGAUGAAUUUGGAAUCUAGAAUGGUUGCAUCAGAAGAUAUAGGUAGACAAAUUUUGACAUAUAACAAGAGGAAACCUUUGGAGGAUUUCUUGAAGGCUGUAGAUGAGGUUACAUUGCAAGAUAUUACCCAAAUUUCCCAGAAGCUUAUUUCUUCCCCUCUCACAAUGGCAUCAUAUGGAGAAGUUAUCAAUAUCCCAACCUAUGAUACAAUAAGCAGCAUGUUCAAAUCAAAAUGA